AGAUAAUUUCCAGUAGAUCCUUCAUGUGUUAGCUCAAAUCACCGACCAGUAUGUUUUAAAUAAGUGACCCACUGAUCAGAGCAGAUCGACUGGUCCGAACCCUUGACUGGUCCGAACCCUUGACUGGUCCGAACCCGGGACUGGUUUCAAACAGUUUCGUUGGACAAUAAAGCAGACUGUAAACGGAUGGGUUUGUAGGCGCCCUUAUAAACACAAACAUUAAAAAUCAGGAACGUGACGGGAGGUGGCAACAAGAGCAGAUGCAGCCCUGCCAGAAGACUCCUGUUUAGAUCCAUCAGUGUAUAUAACUUGUGAUAACUUAUUACUACCAGCUAGGUGCGGCUGCUAUAUACACGGGACCCACCUCUGCCACGAGCCUACACAUGAACACAACAUUCACAGUAACAAAUAUAUCCACCAAGCCAGACUUUAAUCAGACAACCUAUGCUCACUCACCUAUUGAAUAUGAAACUCUCCAGCUGUCACUGAGUACUGAAGAGGAGAUUCCGCUAGCAUUGGAAACGGACGAUUUAGAGAAUGCAGAGAGAAUCAAUCCUGGGCAGACUGGAAAGACUACCAAAGAGUCAUUACAACAAUAUCAACUUGUGAAAAAGAGUGACCUCAAGGAUGAUAGCGGCGACAAGGAAGAAAAGUCGAGUGUUGAAAGAAAUAAGAAAGACCAAGAUAGUAACAGCAGGGAAGAUGAAUAUGAAGAAUUACCAGUGCCUAUGGCCCAGACAGCUGUGGGCUACACACGUUCUGAUGGGACCUACAUUGUCAAUGAUGAAGACGGUGUUGGCUGCAUAAUGGCCUACUUUAAGUCGAAGGCUACUAUAUAUUACCCAGAUACCAAGGGUGACUAUAAGAAUAUUCGGGUGUCUCCAGUGGAUGAUGCAAAGGUGUCUGGUAUGUGCGACCGGGUAGGCCAGGUGUCUCAGAUGGAUGUAUCAUGGUCAUCCUAUGUGCUAUCACUCCGCUUCGGCUUAGAUGAUCUCUCUGAUUCCUGGUUUGUUUCUAGAUUCAGCCUCACCUACAACCUCACUGAUCCUGACUUCACAGAUGCUGCUCCUGGUGGGGGUGAAGUGACUGUGGCAAGCAAGGAUGACCAGAAAUACUGGCGAACCAAUAAUGAAAAGUCUUUCCGCUGCCUGCUGCUCCAUGAUGUGAUCCUUACUGACAAACUUAACAACACUGCUACACUCCAUUUUGAUGAAGUCCGUGUCCAAGCCUUCUGUAAGGAAGAUACUUUCAGAGAACCCAAGCACUGCAUCCAUAGAGUCCACAGGGAUGAACUAGUACCAGUUACAGUGGGCGCCGCUCUGGCAGGAUCCACUCUCCUCACCGUCAUUGGCUAUGCCAUCUUUCGUUACUUCAAGGUGAAAAAGGUGCAGUAUGAUACCAUGGAGUGAGGUUCUAAUUCUUGUUAACGAGAUCCUAGCCCUGUGUAUUCUAGCUGACGACUUUUGAAAAAUGCUACAGUAAUCAUUUGCCAGCACUGUUACUUUACUUUAUUAUUUACUUUCCAAAAUUUAAAGCCUUGCUGAGUUAUGUUUAAAUUUUAAGCAUGUGAUUGAUUAAACUAGUGUACUAUGUGACUGAAAAAAGAAGUGCAUCAUUGUGGAAGACAUUACACUUAAGAACCAGUUCAAGGUCUGCUAGUGGAAGGAAAAAAGCUUGAAGCAGCAAGCAAACCAUUAGAGGCCCUCAGGCUGAAUUUACAAUUCACAGAUGUUAGUGAAACCUUGCACGACUCACUUUGACACACGUCAUACUCCAGUCUGACCACACUAGGAUAGAAGUAAUUACAUUGAAUCAAAAUACCUGUGUAGUCAGCUUUUUAAAUUUAUUAUUAUUAAUCCCACCAAGGUAGGGUGGCCCAAAAAAGAAAAACUUUCAUCAUCAUUCACUCCAUCACUGUCUUGCCAGAGGUGCACUUACACUACAGUUAUAAAUCUGCAACAUUAAUACCCCACCUUCAGCUUUUUAAAUAUCUGCAUGAUUUUCAUUAUAUAGAUCAGGUAUUUAUAGUGACUGAAGCUUAAAUGUCAAAUAUCAAUGGCAAAUAAUUAAUUUGUAACUUUAGAUAGUCAUUAUUAAGAUAUCAUGUUCAAUAACCAUGCAAUACUACAGACAGGGUUGAGUCACCGUAAACAUCAAAAUCAUGUAAGAGAUGUUGCCUUAAUUACAUAUAUUCACUGCUAAAAAAAAAAUGUUUACAUGUAUUGUCUUCCUAGUGCACACACUGUCAAGAGGCCUGAUGCUGUGCAGUGUAAUUUGCAAGCUGAUAUGUACCUGACACAUUAGGCUACAUCUAGACCCACUGUUAUAUUUGUGGGGAAGUGCUAAACACAUAGGGGUUAUACAGCACUUGGGAAAUCAGAGGUAAUGAAGUUUGAUCUAUGGAAGGUAAAUCCAGUUCCUUGGGUUUAAAGUCUUUCACCAUCAUUAAAGCACCCCUUUGAAGUGAAAUAUAUAGACUAGAUUAUCAUGGUAUCCUUUCUGGGAUGCUGUCUGCUUACUGGCCCACACAAGGCAGGUCCUUACCUAUUAUUACCUUACCUUAGCUAUUAUAUCUUGUCCUUUCUAGCAGGUUCUUUGCAACACAUCUUUAAGUGAUGUUAAGCUGCCAUGACAUGUCUUCCUUGAUGCACUCUCUUCCACUCAACACAAUACACUAUUAAAGUUCAUUAUGAUUCCUUAACGGUGUAAGGCAAUGAAAUGCUGCAUUACUAGGCUCUCUUUUAUACUUUAUGUACACUUUAAACUCAGAAGUUCAGAUUACAUUUUUGAUUAGAGAAAGUUACAACAAAGAAUAUUCAAAAUGUUUCAGUGUAAAUUAUGAAAAAGUAUUUUUUUUUCUAUAUUCAAGUGAUGUUGAAUUUAUUUACAGAUCAAUACAUGAGAGUAUGAAGGGUAAGAGAGUACUGACAGAUUAAGAAUAUAGAUACAUAUGCAUUAUUAAGGAUACUUUUAUUUCAGGCCAUGUUUCACUCACUAGGCUUGAUAAAACUCUUGCUGAAUGAUACAUAACCUGCAGUAAAGUAUCCUUAGUGCUACAUACUGUAUGUGUUCAUUUACAUACAAUUAAAUCAGUAUAUAUACAUGUAUGUUGUAUAACCUAAUUACAUCAGUACAUAUAUACUGUAUAAUCCAGUUUACAAAGUUUUAACAGCAGGUAUCUCUUAAAAUUUUAAGAGUAAAAUAUAUAAAUUCACAUUAUUCUGUAGCAAUGAUUUUUUUUUUUUUUACUAAGUAUGAUGAACAGAAAUACGUACGUUAAACAAAUUAUUAACUCAUGCUGUGGGAUUAGAAAUACUGUACAACAAAAUAUAUGCUCUCUACAUUUUCAAGGUUAAUGUAACCACUCAAAAAUAUUUGUUAAUUUUGGCUUCAUAAAUGCAGGAUUUUGACUUUGUAAAAUAAAAGGUAAUAUCACUUCUCACAGAAACAGAAGCAAUAACACACUGUUGAUGUACCAUUUUCAGUCUUCUUAUAGGGCUAAAUUUUGUGAAUUUGAAUAGUUGCAUAUCUGCCAACAUAUCGGUUUAUGCCAUCAUAUAUACAUUUCAAAAGCCAAGUACAAACAAAUAUUCAAAGGCGAUAUUUAUUUCCUUACGUGUAAAGUUUGAAAAAUUCUUUGGCAGUGUUCAAAGAACAUUUGCUGAAUGACCUCCGAGCAUGUUAAAUUAAACAAUAGAAUUAUUGAAGUAGAAGCAAUUGAGUGUGGUAUUUAUAUAGUUACUUUUUAUUGUAUUUAAUGCAGUUUAACCUUUUGUAGUACACUAUAGCAAUAAUAUAUCAGCAAUGGAGAAUCUACCAUGACAGUGUAGCUUAAGGAAAAAUAUAGCAAUAAUAGAUCAUCAGAUAAUGGUGUGCUCAUAUAAGUGGUCGUUUUAUUAGUAAAGUAACUAAUCUAGAGAUAACUUAUGAUAUUUAGCCAUUGAAGUUUUCAGACUUUACAGACUGCAAGCAAACUGCUUGAGAUUUGAAUAGGCGUCCAUCUUCUAUAGCGGACAGUUGUUAGGUUCAGGAGAUAAAAAUGGUGAUUAAAUAUUUUGUUGAUGCUGAUCAUAAAAAUGUCAUUAGCAGAGCCCAUAAAAACAUAUUGACAAUGAAAACUCAGCUUCAGAGUUUCUACCUUCUUCAUAUUACAUUAAGCAUGAGCAUUUAUUUAUUAUUUUCAUUUAAUAUACUGAGAUACAACCAUUACUAUAUUAUAGCAAACUUAAAAACAGCACAUUAGGCAUUUUUGCCUCCUGAGUCCAUCCAUUUGAGAAUGAAGGUUUACAUAACAAAUGUUACAUUAAUACAAGAAUAAUUUGCAAGGCAUAAUAUAGAAUGCUAACUGUUUUACAUUCUGACUGUAGGUGCAAACUAUGCCUAUUGUACCUUCAUCACCAAAUGGGAUGAGUGGGCUUGGGUGAGUCUAGAUGGCACUGUUUGCUACAUAUAUGUACAUGAAUUUAUGUUUUUGGAACUGAUGAGCUUCUUCCCUCAAUAUCUUAUCUGUCCAGGGUAAGCAAAUUAAUUUUUUUUUUUAAUUAAAAGAUUAUUUUUGUUUUUUUAACACACCAUCCAUCUCCCACCGAGGCAGGGUGACCCCUCAAAAAAAACUUUUAUGAAGUUUUUACCUUUUAUAUUUAGUAAUUUAUACAGAAGGGGUUAUUAGCCCUUUGCUCACAACAAUUUAGUCACCUCUUAUAAUAUGCAUGGCUUACGGAGGAAGACUUCUUUUUCCACUUCCCCAUGGGUUGUUAUUAUAAUUAUUAUUUUCAUUGUAUUUAUGGGGAGAGUACUAAACCCAUAUAGGUCAUUUGGUGUCUUGGGGGAUGGAAGGCAUUCAGGUUCAAUUCAAGCAAUUGGAGUACAGUUCCAUUUCCUUAGAUCCAGAGCCCCUCCCCAGCAUCAAGGAACCUUCCUUGAGAGAAUCAAAAGACCUAAGGUUCAAAGCAUUACAUAGAACAUCUGCAGCAUUUAUGCAAGAUAAUAAAAAAGAUAAAUAACUUUUUUUUCUGCCUCCGUUAACAUGCCUCUAUAAGUUAGAGUUUACUAAUGCUAAAUUGAGAGAAGUGAGCUCUUCAGAUUCAUGCCAUAUGUUAUGAGAUUUGUUGUGUUCCAUGCUUGGCCAAAAGCAUUAAUUACUAUGGGAACUAUAUUAGAAAAAAUCAUGGUUUGUAAAAAUUUUUUCCUAAUCACUAUUAUUAUUCUUCUAUAAGGAACAAAAUGCUGUGAUCUCACAUUACAUUUUUUUUCAUUGUUAGGAAAUGUACCAGAAUAAAACAAAGUUGUGUGUUACUAUGUUGUACUGUGUAGGCCAUAGUUGCCACCCCAGAGCUCCUUCUAGCCAUUAGUGAUAACGGCACACGUCACUUCUUGCUUUCCUUUUAUCCACUGUACAGUAUACUGUAUGCAUGCACAUACAAACACAAAUCAUUGAAAACAAAGAAACAAACAUGCGCACACACACACACACACACGUGUAUGUACGUACAUAAUAUUUGAGCACAUAGCAUGUGUUAAGCCAAAAUUUGGAUAUGCAGUGGUGCACCUCAAGACAAAGUGUAGAUGAAGAAAAAAAUCCUGUACAAACUGUAAAACUGCUCCCAGAGCAAGAAAAUGAAGAAGGUUAUGAAAAACAGAAUAUGAAAAUGCACUUUUUGGGUAUGGAAAGAAAGAAGACAUAACUACAACUGUAAACAAAAAAGAUGCAUAAGAAGAGAUAGAGAAAACCUUUUAGUAUCAUUAACAAGAGAAUGCUACAUCUAUAGAGGCAUUAGUUGUGUUGAAAGGUUAACAGAAAGUUUUUUCUUUGUAAACAUUGUUGUGGAAUAAUGGAAUGGUAUAGAAAGAGGAGACACCAUGUGUUGCAUCCACUACUGUAUAUAAUAAAUUAUUUACUAAAGACAGGAUAAGCAUAGCUCUGCUCCUGUAGUUACUUAUUGGUAAUUAUACACAAAUACAGCUGAGCAUGCAUAGUUCUACUAAUGCAACUACAAAUACAGUAAAAUAUUGAUUAUUGCUGUAUAAAAAUCUUUCAAUAUUAAACUUUAAAUGUAAUUUUUUAAAUUACUCUAACUUAGAAUAUAUGGCGUGAUGCCACUUUCCUUUCCUGCUACUCUUUACUGUGUCUGGUUGGAGCUGUACCGAGUCUUCCAUGAGGUGCCGUGUGACCUUGUGAUAUGCCCACUUAUGCCCCCUCAUGCUCACUUAGGUUCAGUGUGCAGGAAGGGUCCAGGAUGCACAGGUUGGGUACCAUCAUCUGCCUUGGGGAUCAUUAGUAGGUAGCCUCGUAGUCCUCAGCCAAUAUUGUAGAACAUCAGGGCUCCAUUCAUCACAGGAGAGUUAACAAAUAGCCAUGCUUCUGUUGUAUUAGUUUAGGCACACAGAAUAGGUUAGAAUUCAUUUACUGUUUCACUGAGACAGUCAAUCUUAUUCUUAUAUGAGAAGUUCUGCAUGGAGGACUAUAGCAGCGAGGAUAGUUCAGCAAGAUUCCCUGAGUGGUGGGGGCCUAACCCUGCCCUGCAUCAAGUGGUUGUUAAUGUCUUAUAAUGGUAGAUAUCCAGUUUUUACACUCACGCACAUUACAGCAUUUACUUUGAGCACUUUUCACCGUCAAGGGAUUUUGCAUGUUUACCAGUAUAAAUAUUCUGCCAAGUGCCAUUACUGUUUUAUUUUCAAAUAAUGUGCAUGUACUGACUUAAUUUGCAAAGAGUACAGUAUAUCAUUUAUGUUACCCAAACAAGACAUUUGCUAUAUAGUGUACUUGUUAAUGGUAUGAUACCUGCCUGUAGUUGGAGCGAACAUUGCUGCCUCUGCUACAAAAGAUAAUCCUUCAUGCAAUGGCACUUGAGGCAGCUAUAUUUAUCAUUUCAUUGCUCCAACUUUACAGUUAGUAACAUCAUCAAAAAUAAGUGUUCUUGAAAAAAGUGUUCACUGACUUCUGUGGCUUUUGUUUGAUUUUUUUGUUAUAGGUAAAAGGUUUAUAAAUUUCUGGUUUAUUAUGUCAAUAAAUUUAUUAAAAUGAAUAUUUUAUAUAAUAGGAAUAACCAAAAUCUGAAGCUUAUGAAGUUUCUGAUGUAAUUUUAAAAGUACCACAGAGCAGUGCCAACAAUAUUAUACUGCUCAAUUAUCCCCACAAUGCAAUUAAUAUUUUGUUCCUGGGUUGUAAUUAAAUUAAUGGUUUCUCUGCAAUAAAUAGUGGUAACAUAC